GUUAAGUGUUGAAGAAAAAAAGAUCAGAGCAGUAGCAGUUAGAGUGCUUUGCAAGUUACCCUGUGAUCGCCUUCCUCUGGAACCCCGAAUACACAUGCCAAAAGAUGGAUUCCAACUUAUAUCUUCUGGAUACCAAGCAUGGCUAAAGCAGUGCUCUAUGCCCAGAUCUCUGUGGCUGGGCUGCUCCAGCCUGGCGGACAGCAUGCCCUCGCUGCGAUGCCUGUAUAACCCAGGGACUGGCGCACUCCCAGCUUUCCAGAACUCCUCUGAAAGAGAAGACUGUAAUAAUGAUGAGCCCCCUAGGAAGAUCAUUCCUGAGAAGAAUUCACUUAGACAGACCUACAACAGCUGUGCCAGACUGUGCUUAAACCAGGAAACAGUAUGUCUAGGAAGCACGGCUAUGAAGACUGAAAAUUGUGUGGCCAAAACAAAACUUGCCAAUGGCACUUCCAGUAUGAUUGUGCCCAAGCAGAGAAAACUGUCAGCAAGCUAUGAGAAGGAGAAGGAGCUCUGCGUCAAGUACUUUGAGCAGUGGUCUGAGUCUGACCAGGUGGAGUUUGUGGAGCACCUCAUCUCCCAGAUGUGUCACUACCAGCACGGACAUAUAAACUCAUACCUCAAGCCCAUGUUACAGAGAGACUUCAUCACUGCACUGCCAGCUCGGGGAUUGGAUCACAUUGCUGAGAACAUCCUGUCCUACCUGGAUGCCAAAUCGCUGUGUGCUGCCGAGCUGGUGUGCAAGGAGUGGUACCGCGUGACGUCGGAUGGCAUGCUGUGGAAGAAGCUGAUCGAGAGGAUGGUCAGGACAGACUCGCUGUGGAGGGGGUUGUCAGAGAGGAGAGGAUGGGGACAAUACCUAUUUAAAAAUAAACCCCCUGAUGGGACUGCUCCACCCAACUCCUUCUACAGAGCACUUUACCCCAAAAUUAUACAGGAUAUAGAGACAAUAGAGUCAAACUGGCGGUGUGGGAGGCACAGUUUACAGAGAAUCCACUGCCGUAGUGAGACAAGCAAAGGCGUUUAUUGUUUACAGUACGAUGAUCAGAAGAUAGUCAGUGGCCUACGAGACAACACUAUCAAGAUCUGGGAUAAAAAUACAUUAGAAUGCAAGCGAAUUCUCACUGGACACACGGGUUCUGUCCUGUGCCUGCAGUAUGAUGAGCGGGUGAUCAUCACUGGAUCUUCAGACUCGACUGUCAGGGUGUGGGACGUGAAUGCGGGCGAGAUGCUGAACACACUGAUUCACCACUGCGAAGCAGUACUGCACCUCCGCUUCAAUAACGGCAUGAUGGUGACGUGUUCCAAAGACCGUUCCAUUGCCGUGUGGGACAUGGCUUCACCAACAGACAUCACCCUGAGGAGGGUGCUCGUAGGGCACCGUGCUGCUGUCAACGUAGUGGACUUUGAUGACAAGUACAUCGUAUCAGCGUCAGGUGACAGAACUAUAAAGGUAUGGAACACUAGUACCUGCGAAUUUGUGCGCACCUUAAAUGGCCACAAACGAGGCAUUGCAUGUCUGCAGUACAGAGACAGGCUAGUAGUGAGCGGCUCUUCAGAUAAUACUAUCAGGCUGUGGGAUAUCGAGUGUGGGGCAUGUUUACGAGUACUGGAAGGCCACGAAGAGCUGGUGAGAUGCAUCCGCUUUGAUAACAAGAGGAUAGUCAGCGGGGCAUAUGAUGGGAAAAUUAAGGUAUGGGAUCUGGUGGCUGCUUUGGACCCCCGUGCUCCAGCAGGGACCCUCUGCUUACGAACCCUUGUGGAGCAUUCUGGAAGAGUUUUUCGACUUCAGUUUGACGAGUUCCAGAUUGUCAGCAGCUCACACGAUGACACCAUCCUCAUCUGGGAUUUUCUGAAUGACCCAGCUGCCCAAGCAGAAUCCACUCGUUCCCCAUCCAGAACAUACACCUACAUCUCAAGAUAAAUAACAGUCCACUGUACCUCACACUCGCACAGGACUCAUUUAAGCUGCAGUAUUUAUAUUAUCUGCCAAUGCCAGGACAAAAGAACUAUCCACGUAACCAAUACUUGCUGAAGAGAGAAGGCUCUCAGACUUGUUUCUGGAACAAAGUUGGCAUGCGGUUGAUCUCAGACAGGGUCUACUCAGCGUGGCUGACUGCUAAAGUGCUGCUAUAUCAGAAGAUGACUUUUAUCUUUCGUGAACUAAUAACAUUUUUAAACCUCCCCAUCCCUUUCCUCCCUCAUCCCCAUUUUCCUGUUCACUCCCCUUCCCUUUACCCUGUUUGGUUUCCCUCCAAACCCAGUCACAGAUGUCCUGUGAAUAUAUUUAAGAUGUUGCCAGAAUGUGUUGCUUUGCUGUUAAGCAGAAGACUUACAGCCACAGUUCACCCUGCUGGGAGAGUCACCUCAGGGUGGGAGGGUGGGUGGGGAAGAGGCUGCUGCUCUCCUGCUGAAAUCCAUCUCCAUUGCUAGGCCUUUGUAAAAGCAUUCAGCUCUGAAGAGCGACAGAAACGCCAGACCUCACCCCCCACACCCACUGCAGCUUUUGGCUGUUCUGACCAUUCUUUUGGAGAGAGGACCCUUGAAAUUUGACUAUGAUGAGCCAAAUCCAUCUCUGUUCUCUCCUGCCUGCUCUGCUAACCCUCUGAAAGCUGGAUGUGCAUUGUAGUCUCCUUUAACAUCUGCUUGGCUGAGGAAUGCUAUUCAGUGAAAAGUUAAGCUCUCCUCUGCCAAAGUCCCAAGCAUGAGGGACUGGGGCUGAUGUCCAGUUCCCCCCAUCCUGGUGCAGCACUGUCUGAGGGCUGUAUUUCACUAACAAAGGAAUCAUUUGUGCAAAGGACAAUCUAACCCCCAUUUUCUCCCUGAAGGCAGUGUGUUGCCGAUGGCUGAGGAACCAUUCUCUGUUUUGGGUAAGGUUUGAGGCUGGGGCGAGGAGGGGAGCUGGAUAUACCCCUGCCCUUCCAUCCAAAGGCACAGUCCCCUGGUGAUGGCAGGUGGGCAGUGGUGGCCGUGAGCACAGGCAGUAAGGUUAGCAGUUCUGCAGCAUUUCUGGGGCUGGCCUUGCUAAAAAGCCUUAGGUGGGAGGGAUAGGAUCGCCUUUGUGUGUGCUUCUCUAACCUGUGUGCAUGCUGCAUUGCGGUUUAGGGACACAGGAUGAUUAGUCCCUUUGCUGGUAGCUGAGCUGGAUCUUUGCUCUCUAGCUGAGCCUUUUGCAAAUUGCUGUUGUUUAGAAGAUAAAAAUAGCCCUGGAGGGGAGGGACGUGUGAAACAAUUCUGCAUGUCUCUGAACUAGACAGAGAUCUGAUGUGACAUGGCUCUUUUUACUGAGCUGAAGGGAAUUGCAGCAGGCCUGCAACUGGAUUCAGGAAAGGGUGUAUAUCAGUCCCUGGCCGUUCCAGGCCAUGCCCACGUCUUGAAUAACCCUCACUGCCUCAGUGGGGAGGUGCUCCAGUCCUGCAGUGGGAAACAAGGUCCUUUGUCUCUGGGCUGGAAGGGUUUUAAACAGGCUUUCUAACACUCUUUAAACUUGGAAUUUGGCAGAUGGGACGUUUUAUUCAGCUAUUCUCAUCAGUUUCACUUUGCUAGGGAAGCAGUUGUGUUGAUUCUAAUUGCUUGGGAUGUGCUUUUUCCACCAAUGAAGUUUUGUGAGGAGCCGGACCAAGAGUCCCCAAAGAGCAGUCCAGAGGGCUUAAAUUGUUCUGGUGACGGUCAGGAUGGACAACAUGGCAGUGGAUGUAUGGAGGAAUGGAAAGCAGGUGCUUGGGGAGCACCUGGUGUAGUUCCUGAAAUGCAUGAGCAGCAGUACUGAGCACCCAGCUCCUGUAUUUUCAUUGAGCCUGGAGACUGCAUCAGUUCAAAAGAGCAGCUCAGAGCAUGUGAUGGCACUCCUGUUUUCUGUUUGAACUAUUGCUGUAAAAGGGAUCUCACAGGUUAGCUCUACUCUGCUCAGGUAGCACUGGCAGUAUGACUUACCUCUGCAGAGUCCUGAAUGUUCUGGAUCGUAAUAAUAAGUUCAUCUACAACUAAUUUUGAUGCUACUUUUGAGUCUAAGAAGGUUGCUGUGGAUUUCAGACAGUUAUACAUAUCAGGUGCACUGCAGUCCCAGAGCAAAACUGGCAGGGGAGCAGAGAGCACCCAAGUUUACAUCCCAGACUUCUCUCAGUUGAAGUUCGGAAUCUAAUUCUUAAUCCUACCUGCAUGCAGUUCCUCUUAGUUCAGUUACUACAAGGUCUGCAGCAUGGUUACGUAUCAGUAGGGGAUAAACCUUGGCUUCAGAUCUAAUAGUCACUUUCCUCAUCUUGUCCUGUUGUCCUGUCUUUCACAUUCAGGUUACUGUGGAAAACAGUGAUCUGUUACUCCAGCCUCUGACAGCUGCAGAACCUCCUAAUAUUUUAGUUGCAUCUUUGUGGGUAGCACCUGCAGAGGUGUGUUUUAUUUUACUAUCUGUAGAAGUCUGGGAGAACCAGAAGACUGGCGGGCCAGGCGCACUGUUGCAGACUGCCAUGGUUGUCAUAGCUCUGCUGCUCCAUGCUGCUGUGUUGUAACUUCUGAGUGCUGGGUAUUUCAAGUGGUACUGUAGUUCAAACUCUGCUGUCUAGAGCAUUUUAAGGUACAGUUUGUGAGCAACAGCUGAACUCCCAUUUUUUGGCAAACAUAGGAACGCUGUCUCCCUUUCAAGUAGGGGCUGGGUACUUCAUACUGAACUGCAGAGGGUGAGGAUCCUUAACCCAUCCCUGAGUUGUACACAUUUUCUGAUAGCUAGGAAGGAAACUGAAGUGAACUGAUGUAACUUGAACUUGAAGCUGCCACAGGCUGGCACUUGGUGGUGUUCAUUUGCACACAGGGAGGAGCAAUCUGGUAAGUACAUCUCCCAGAGUCAGAGGAGAGUGGCUUUUUCAAACUUCCCCCCUUAGGAUACAUGUGCUUGUGUGUGUGAGAGUGCAAGAGCACCUGUGAGAGAGGUUUCAGCGUGAACUGAAUGGGUAAUCGCUCAGCCAGGUUGGAGUAAUUGCAGAGCUUAUGAUGAAAAGAGCUAGCACCUGCCCACAGAAAGGAGAUAAAAGGGGCUGAAUGUGUCUGUGGGCUUUAAGUGUUGCACAUCAUUUUGAAAUGAAAUACCUCUGCUGCAUAGAGAUCGUCACUUCUCCCACAAGCAGGGAGCUCGCAGAGCCUUCCCCUUGGGCUGCGGGAUCCGCGUACUGCAGGUGUGGGACAUCCAGAGCAGGACCAUCCCUCUGGCCACACCGUCUCCUGCUUGUGACUCCUUUGGCAAUAGGACACCGUUUUGCUGCAAAUAUUUCUCAUCCUCAGAGGAAUUCAGCUUGCUUUAAAAUAUGCAAAUAGAAAAUGGCACGAAGGAAUUUGCAGCAAGAGAACUUGUGCGGCUGUCUCCUCCCCAUUAACCUUCAGGGACAGACACGUCCACUACUGGAAGGGAAGGAUGCAGGUGACAAGUUGAGAAGCCUGAUCAUCAGAAACAUUGAAAUGCUUUACACUUGUUCCUAAACUGGAAGCUGACUUGGACCACCGUGCUCCACCUACCUGCCACCUGCUCCUGCUCUAAAGGAUCCUUUUUUCUUUUUUUUUUCUUUUUUUUUUUUUUAACAACACUGAAAAAACUGGAGACUACCGUGCACGUUCCUCUGCCCCAGGUAUGUUCCCUGCCCCUGUCACGCACUCCUUCCUCAGUCUGAGCAGGGCUCCAGGCUUGGCUCUCAGUUCUUCAGCAUCCUGGCUCUGAUGGGGCAGCACGUCUCUGAGAGCGCCUUCCUUUCACACCUGUAGGUCUGACUGUUGUGGCUGAUGCAGUCAGUGUUUGUGCUGAGGCACGGCACUAGCAGCUCUCCUUGGUGAGAGAUGCGAGGAGAGGAGCCCCAGCCUUCCUGCUGCAGGCCUGGGGAGGAGAGGAGGAGAUGACUCUGUGGCUGAAGGUUAGGAGGGAAGUGUGGGGGUGAGAUGGAGCUCUGCACGAGUGGGGACAGUGCUGCAAAAACAGGGUUCUUAGCUAGUGUACUUGGCUCACAAGGAUGAAGGGUUACUGUGAGGACAUCAGAAAUGCCAGGAGGUCAUCGAGCAGUGCCUGCAGGAAUGGGUGGGUCCACUGAUGCGCACCCUUAUGUUGCACUGGGGGCAAGGGGUGAGAGGUCUGAACUGCAGUGACCAAGAGGACUUUGCCAGGUCUCCCAGUGGCAUGCAUGAUGCACUAAUGUGCUGAGCCUUGCCCUGCUGCUGUUCCCCAAGGAGCAAUAACAGCUUCCCAGAAGGAAGGGGAACAGCAGGAGACCCAGCUGUCCCUGGAGAGGUCUCCGUAUGAAAUCCCUCCUUCAUCCUGCCAGCAAAUCCCACUGGGUUGAUUGGCAUGAGGGCCACGGUCUUUGUCCUCACACUUAAUACCAAAACAGAAGCGGCGGGUCCCACGGGCACAUUCCUUCUGCCCGUCCCCAGCAGUGGGCUGGGAGGGGUGGUCGCCUGCUGAGGCUGAGAUUCGGUUCCCCUCCUUUUCCCCUCACUCCUUUUUUUUUUUUUAAUGAGCUGUAGCCUAACUCCUGGCACGUUCCCAGAGCUUCUCUCCCGUGGUGAGCCUUGAUACGCAGCCAGAAUAAAUCAUCCUUUGUCUUGUCAGAAAAUUCUCCCCGUGACUUUGUGCUUGUUCCCAAAGACCGCUGGGCUUCCCUGCUUGUCCCGUGGAUAUCUCACAGGAGUUGUCACCACUGGUUAAUCUUCGGUGACAUUAAACUGAUACACUGAAAAUCAGAGGGAUGCUGAUGUGCAUGGAUGUACGAGCCCUUAAUGUAUGGUAACUGACUGCUGGAUGGGUCCCUUUUGUAGUAGGUGGUCACCCCAAAAACUGUCCCUGCUCAGACUGAGGGCUGGGGAGGGAAAGGACGUGGCCUCUCCAGAGUUUUCGGUUUGUUACUCUGCUAUAUUUGUUAUCUGGAUUCUUAAGUAACGAGUGCUUUGAAUUUUGUGAUUAUGUUACGGUGAUGUGUAGUUAAUGUACUAAUGUUCACUUGA